AUGGCCUACCCCUACCAACAGCAACCGCAGCAGCAGCAGCAGCAGCAGCAGCAGUGGUAUGGUCCGCCCCAGCAGGGCGGAGGCAUGCCGCCGCAGCAACCGCAGGGUCAGCAGUACUACUACCAGGGCCAGCCCCAGCAGGGCGGCAUGCCGCAGCAACCACAACAACAACAACCACAACAACAACAACCUGGCCACUAUGCCGGUGGUGCCCCUCCGCCACAGCAGCAGCAGCAGCAGCCGCCUCGACCCGGUGCUGCCGCCCAGCCUCAGGGAUGGUGCGGCCAGUACUACUCGCAGAUUCCCCAGCAGGAGCUGUACGAACUCCAGCGUUGGUUCAGGAGCAUGGAUCGGGACAACAGCGGUUCGAUCUCGGCCAACGAGCUGGCCAACGUGGCCGUGGGCGGCUCCGUCCUGGGCAUCGACAACGGCAUGAAGCUCAUCCGCGUCUUUGACGUCGACGGCAACGGCACCAUCGACUUCAACGAGUAUGCGUCGCUGCACAAGUUCUUGCUCAGCAUGCAGCAAACGUUCAAAAUGGGAGACAAAGACGGCAACGGCAGGCUUGAUGCGCGGGAGAUCCACGAGGCCAUCCUCAAGGGCGGAUUCACGAACGUUUCGUUCAAGGCGGCGCAGGGGCUCUACAACAAGUACAACCGGUCGGGCAUGGGCCUCAACAUGGCCGAGUUCAUCAGCAUCGUCGCCCACAUCGCCCUCGCCCGGUCCGUCCUCGAGCGGCUGGACUAUGACAGGGAUGGUCGCAUCACGGUCAACAUCGACCAGAUGUACGAGAUCUCGGCCAACUUUUGA